AUGGAUGCUACUGUUGCAAUAGAUUUAACACCAGAACAAUUACAAGCAGGCUUAAUUGAUGGAACAUUGAAUAAAGUCGCGUUGGAAAAUCUGCUAACUGUCAACGUUCAUGAAAAUGAAAAUAUUGACGGAUUAGUUCAAUUUUUUCUGCAAUAUAUGCCCGGUAAUCGAACAAUGGAUGAAUUUACUCAACAAAUUCGGGAAUAUAAUAAUGCCCAAAUCUGCGGUCUCAUUUGGAAUGCUAAUGUUAUGGCAUAUAGAUGUAAAACGUGUUCGAUCUCGCCAUGUAUGAGUAUAUGUGCUCAAUGUUUUCAAAAUGGCAAUCAUGAAGGACAUAAUUACAAUAUGUUCAAAAGCCAAGCCGGUGGCGCGUGUGAUUGUGGAGAUUCGAGUGUCAUGCAUGAAUUCGGAUUUUGUCGUUUUCACGGUGAAAGUCGUCCUCACCCACAAGCAGUACCCCAUGACUUGAUUUGUUGUGCGGAAUUGCUUAUUCCACAUCUACUGAAAGUGUUCAUACGCGCUUUACGUAUGAGUGCUGUUAGCGGUGAUAUUGUAACAGAACAAAAAUUGUUGGAAAUAUUGAAUCAGUUAUCUAACAGUGGUUCGGCUUUACAAACUUGUAUAACAAAUUCCUUGACUGAUAGAAAACUAUAUGAUGAAUUUACUAGUGACCCAUCAAUCAAUAGACUUUAUCAUAUUGAAUUUCUCAAUGGGGAAUAUUCUAAUUUACCCACGACAUAUUUUCUUGAGACAUUAAUGGUUGAUUCUACAUCAGAUAGUUUGAUACCAUUUGAUACGAGUUUACGAACCAUGUUAGACGAAAUUAUGAUGUGGUGUGUGACAACACACUUGCCAGAAGAUCUCGUUCGGUUUUUACUUAGUUUAUUACCUGAUUUUAACUUCAAAUUAUCAUUUACAGAAACAUUUCUACGUUUCUACGGUGUUAUUUCUCAAUUACUAGUCGAAGAGUCUCAUUUAGAAACGAGCGAAAUACCAUCACGUCUUGUUCACAUUAGUGUUCAGCUGUUUUCUUCAAAUGUUAUUGCUGAUUACGUCAUGGACAAGUGUCAUCUCAUCGAAGUCAUUCUCUCCUGCAUCUGGCGAAUGUUUGUUCCUUCAACAGAUCAAGAUAAACAAGACGAUGAUGAUGAUGAUGAUGAAAGUAUACUCAAAGCGCAUCCGUUAGCAAUUACCAAUGAAGACACGCCGGUCGGAAUGGUCGUUGAUGUUGAACACCAAUUGAUUGUUAAGAAUGUCUACUGGCCAUUAUUGAGUGAUUUUGUCAAUAUCUUAUCUCAAGAGAAAGUCGUGUUAACCAUACUUGAGAACAAGAAGUAUUUCAAUUUCUGGUUACGAUUUCUCACAUUCUUUCAAGGUAUGAAUGUAAAUGAACGCAUCACCAGUCAUCAUAUUGAAUAUGAACCACAAGCAUACAUGUAUGCAUUUACCAUUGAACUUGAAAUCAGUGCUGCAGCGAUGUGGUGUUUCAUCAAUCAUCUAAAAGCAGAUUAUCCAGAAGAGAAACUUAUUGUAAUUAUCAAACAAAUUGUUAUGAGUAUUAACGAUUGGUUGGAAUCACUGAAUUUCCAAAUGGACAAUGCCGAUCAUUGGAAGUUAACAUUUCAUUUGCCGUUACAUCGUUAUUUAGCGAUGUUUGCUUACAAUGCCAUACAUAAAUUCAAUAUUGAUCCAGCUGCAUUCUUACCAACUGAUAAUCCAAACAUGCUUAUGAAUUUGAUGUUUCAUCCUCUGAGAACGAUUGCUGGAUAUUUUGAAGUUUUAUCCAAUAUGUGGCUACGCAAUGGUCAACAAGUGACUAUACAAGCAAAAACAUAUGCAAAAACAGCUUUCUCAGCAGCGAUGCAUGAUGCAGAUUUCUUUCUUUUACAAUUAAUUGCUUGUUAUCUCGAACCGAACUUAUUUAUAGAAACGGUCUUGAAGAAAUUCCAUUCAUGGCUAUUUGAUUCGACUGGAAGAUCUAGCCUUGAUCCAAAUCAUCAAAUAGCGAUGUUAGAAAGUGUGUUGAUCACCCUCUGUGCACUUGUUGGAUUUCAACCGAAUAACGCUAGUCGAGAUAGUCAGCAGAUUCGUACGGAAAUCAUUGGAAUAUUAUCUGUUGGCGAUCGGUUGUACAGUGAAGUGGAGGAAAAUGUACCUGAUCCAUCACCCUCAAGUGCUAAUCGAAAAGAAAUCGAAACUAUUCUAAAUGAAGUAUCUGAUUUUCAAACACCUUCCGUGGAAUUGCUGGGUCAUCUACAUCAAGGCAAAUACGCUAUCAAAGGUGUUUUAUUUCAAACAGAUUACGAUCCAUUGCACGUUAUCAUGCGAUCUACAAAACGUGCACAUUUUCAAAAUUCACUCGAACGUUUUACUAAAUAUGUAAAGCAUGAAAACUUGUUUAAAUCGGAUUAUCCCAUCUGGCCACCCUUUCGCAUGCCGAAAUAUUCUCACGCAUACAUAUCCAAAGUUCAACGUAUUUUACAAUCCAGUGUUUUACACCAUUUUCUGUUUUUAUGCCUAAAUGCCUAUUCAAAAGAUAAAACUGUAACAGAGAACAUUCUCUAUUUCACAAUUUACCUUCUGGAGUUAUCGUUAAUCAGCGCCGACAAAGCGUCAUCUGUGGUAGUCGAGACGAAUGCAGAAGAAAUUGGUGCAUUUAAAACCAACGAUAUCUUCCAAAAUCUUUGUACGCUAUUCUCCAUUGGAAAUGAAUCUGAAAGUAUUAUAACACUUCUUCUGAAGAUUCUUCAUAAGCAACGUUCAAAUGAUUUCCUUGAACUUAUUAAUACAAUUUCUGCUCGAUUAAAAGCAGCUAAUCAUAAUAAUUCAUCACGCAUUGGUGAUAGUUACUAUUUUCUCAGCAACGUUUUAUAUCUUGCUGCGCAAAUGAAUGCGCAAUGUCGUGUUGCCAUUGAACAAGAAAUCGAAAGAUUGAAAAGUCAAUACCAACAACAGCAAAAGCAACAACAACAGCAACCUACAACGACGAAAACAUCAGAUUUAACAGCAGAACAAAAGCGACAACGAGCAAAGAAUCGUCAACAGAAAUUACUUGCUGAAAUCGCUCAAUCACAAAAGAAAUUCAUCACUCAACAAAAUCCUGAUGAUCAAUCGAUGCACCUUGGCACUCCGCCAUCAUUAGGUUCGGAUCCCUUCUCGAUGGAUCAAGCCAUGACUACCGCUACAACUGCUUCGAACAUACCGGUUGCUUCCGAAUAUUCCGUUGAAUACGAAUGUUGUGUAUGCCGAUUGACUAAAAGCGAUGUUCAAUCACCGAUCGGUCUCAUUGGUACAACGUGUUUAUCUCUCUUGCCAAGUCUGGAAUUUGCACAGUUGGAUGAAUACGAACAGCAAAGAUUAUCGAUACCGUCGAAUAAAAUCACACUUGAAACCUAUUUACAUCUGACUAAACAGUGUCUGAUACAAAUCAGUGAACAUCCGUACAUUGCAAAUCAUUGUCAAAAUGAUCACUAUCUUCGAUCAUUGCGUAUUCAAUCGUGUGGUCAUUCGAUUCAUGUAGAUUGUCUUUCGUCCUAUCUGAAAGCACUACACCCAAAUCAAGGCGCUGCCGAAACAGCUUUGAAUGCAAUUCUUCCCGCAACGGUCAAUUUCCGUUGUCCGCUUUGCCGCCAAUCAGCUAACACACUGAUUCUAUUAUUCGAUCAUACGGACUACUCGAUUACACAUAAUCAUCAACAAACAGCAUCACCUGUUGAGCGACUUCAUCAAUCAAUGGUCAAUCCUUCGCGUCCGAAAUUGACUCGAGUUGCUGACGAAAGAUGUUUACUUGCAUUUCUCUCUGGUCUCGCAGCAAAAUGCAUCUCGUUCGAUCAGUUAUCUCCGGAUCGACCAUUGCUCUUGCCGAAUCAUCAAUCGACAAAACAACGUGCGGCUGAGUUCGAUUGUGGAACUUUGAGAGCUCAAUUGGUCCAUGAACAGAUGUUUUAUGAAAGUGCGAAUAAAAUUGAUCAAAAAUCCAUUCGCAAAUCAUUCUACAAAAUCCUUCAUGAGCUUCAUCAUCUCGGUUAUCCAUUUUAUCAUCAACAACUUUGGCAAGAAGUAACCGGUUUACUAUGCCCAAUAACUACAGCUGAUGUUUUCGAUCCACAACAGACGUUGCCACCCAUACUUCUACGUGAUCCUCUUACGAUAUUAUUUCAACUACUAAUGAGCACGCCAAUUCACAUAACUUCCGACGAGUUCGACGUCAUUGUUCAAAUUGUAUUUAACAUUGAAUUCUUUAAAAAUCUUCUUUCAAUCCUUAUUGAGCAACCUGUACCGGAAAGCAAAGAUUUUGAUUUCGAUGUUGAUGUGAAUUCAGUCAUAAAAUGCGUAGAACAAAGUCGACUCAAAGAACAAAUCACCUAUCAAAGAGCGAUAGACGAUCCAAUUGGAAAACAACUGAUGAACAAGUGUUUAGAUUUUCUCAAAACCAGUUCAUUGAUUAAAUAUCGAUUGUAUUCGAAAGAAAUGCCAUGGACAACUGGCGAAGAGCCAUCUCCGUUGGGAUUAGCUAGUUAUUUGAACUUGAACUUAAGCUUGAACGGUUUAGCGAUGCCACGUUGGUUUUGCUCAGAACCAAGAGCAGUAUUAUCGAAAUGGCUGGAAGACUUCCAGCUUACCGCCCAACGUUAUACAACUGCAGCAAAGAUCUUAUGUCUCGGACGUCCACAGUUUCAUCCGCCAGUGUUUGUUGAUAUUCCGUCGAAAUACGGUGAUCUAUUUCAUAUGUACAGUGAAUAUCAUUGUGAGCAUUGCAAUCGAACUUCUUCCGAUACCUUGCUGUGUCUCAUUUGCGGAGAAAUAUAUAUAAAACGUUGGUUUCCAGGCUGUUGUUCUCAACAACGACAGCGCUAUAAUCAACAUUUGGCAAGAUGCGCCCUGCCUUCUGCUGUCAUGCUUGAUGUUCAAACAACUUUAACAGUGAUAUGUUUGCCAACUUCGUAUGGCUAUUGGCAUUCGCUGUAUCUCGAUCAACAUGGAGAAGAAGACCCUAAAUUAAAACGAGGCAAAACUUUAUACUUGGAUCUCAAGCGUUUGGCUAUCCUUCGCACACUAUGGCUAACUGCUACAUUUGAUUAUCAAAUUCAAAAUUGGCUUUCGUAUAAUUCAUUACCAAUUGGCCAUCUGGAUGGACUUCUAUGA